UUUGGUUUUCUUUCCGGGCUCUUCUUCUCAAAAUAAGCGAGGAAGCAUGUUAGCUAAUGUAGCAACAAGAUUGAGAUGUGGAAAUGUAUGAGUUUUAGCUGAUUUCGUUUGAGACCAAGCCAUCGUGUAAAUGACUUAAGGAAGCGGUAGCUGGAGGUUAACGUAUUGGUGGAACAUCAAGAGAGUCUGUCUUUUCAGAGGUUUCAUAUCUCUGCACAGCAGAAGAUGAUAGAACCAGAGCUACUGACCGAGGUCCCUGCAGCACUUAAGCGGCUAGCCAAGCAGGUGGUAAGGGGUUUCUAUGGAGUGGAGCACGCCUUGGCCCUGGAUGUGCUGAUCCGCAAUCCCUGUGUACGUGAGGAGGACAUGCUGGAGCUGCUGAAGUUUGACCGUAAACAGCUGCGCUCAGUACUCAACACCUUGAAGGCAGACAAGUUUGUCAAAUGCCGCAUGAGGGUGGAGACAGCCCCAGAUGGCAAGACCACGCGGCACAACUACUACUUCAUCAAUUACAGGGUACUGGUCAAUGUGGUCAAGUAUAAAUUGGACCACAUGCGACGGCGCAUUGAGACAGAUGAGCGAGACUCCACCAACCGUGCUUCCUUCAGGUGCCCUUGCUGCUUCUCCACCUUCACAGACCUAGAAGCCAACCAGCUGUUCGACCCAAUGACAGGUACAUUUCGCUGCACCUUCUGCCAGACGGAGGUAGAAGAAGACGAGUCUGUCUGUCCUGAUGCUAGGACGCUGGUGGCACGCUUCAAUGAGCAGAUCGAACCCAUCUAUGCACUGCUACGUGAGACUGAAGAUGUCAACUUGUCUCAUGACCUGCUGGAACCUGAGCCUACUGAGAUCCCUGCGCUCAAACAGAGCCGGGAACGUUCUGCAGUAUCCGGAGGAAAUGCUGCAAGUGGUCCCCACCGCGAAGCCUGGUCUAACAAAGGCUCAUCCUACGCUGACCUGUACACCCAGAAUGUGGUUAUCAGCAUGGAGGAGCAGGAUGACCAACAGAAACAGGCCAAUGAGGGCAAGGCACCUAAGGAGAGGCCCGUCUGGUUGACCCAGAGCACCGUGCAGGGUGCUUACAGCGAGCCUGACAUCCUCAAGAGCCGUGGAGAUGUUGUGCCCGAAGCCCAGGAUGGAGGAGCUGGUCCUGGAAUUGGUCAGUUGGAUGAGAAUGAGGAAGUGAUGCGUGCUCUGCUCAUCCAUGAGAAGAGGGCUGUGGCAGGAGCAGGUGGAGGUGGAGCAAGCGCUGCUACCAGGGGACUUGCCUCUGCCACAGCUAAUGCCAGCGACUCAGAGAGUGACACCAGUGAAUCAGAUGAUGACUUUCCCUCAGGUCCUCCCCCUGCCGCAGCUGCUCUGCAACGGGCUGAAGAGGAGGAAGAGGACGAUGAUGAGUUUGAGGAGGUUGGAGAUGAGCCAGUGGUGAUGGUGGGAGGUCGACCAUUCUCAUAUCGAGAGGUGAGCCAGAGACCAGAGCUAGUGGAGCAGAUGUCUGCACAGGAAAAAGAGGCCUACAUUGAAAUGGGACAAAACCUCUUCCAGGACAUGUUCUUCUGAACACAUAUACUCUUUCCAGAUUAUAUACUCUUGCUGUUUUACUCUGUCAGUGGUCUCAUCAGAAGAAAUGUUUGUGGACACAACUCAUCAAGAGGAAAACUGCUGUUUAAGAAGUUCUGACAGUCCGCUUCAUGCUCCUGCAUUAUAAGGACUUGAAACAUGCCUUGAUAGUGUUAUCCAAGUUAUGACACCUGUAGUAUUCUAUCUGAAGUAUUUUUGAAAGUCAACAAACCAGAGGGGAGCUGGCCAGUUGCAAUUCCUGCACGAAGUGUCAGUUACCGUUUUUGUUGGUCUGUUUUUUCAUCUGUAAGUUUAACAUGUUGUUUUUUUUCUCUCAUAUUUACAUGAGAACUGCCAAAAGGCACCUGUGUUCGAAGCAGUACUGCAGCUCAACACUGACAAAGGACAAAAGCAGCAGCAGCAGCAGCUGACAUGCUGCUUUUACUACGCUACCUGUGUAGGCAAAGCAUUGUCCAAAUUUUUUUCUGAAAUAAGUGAGGAGACUGGAAUGAAGGGUCAUCACAGACAAAUGUUGAAUAUAAGAGGAAAAAAGGUAACAUGGGUAAACUAUUGUUAACAGUAAAACAGCUGUUAUUUUGAGUAAUCUGUGAUUUAAAAAAAAAAAAAAAACCUAAUGCGGUACAGACAUAUGUGUGGAAGUGUAAUAACUACGUUCAGAAAAAAGUCACAGUAUAAUAGGGAGAAGAAUGAGCAUCCUAAGACCUGUUAGCAGCUUGUGUUGGCUAAAAAGGCAAAUUUGCGAUAAAAUGAUAUGGUCAUUAAUUUUGAAGAUUGCAGCAGCAGAAGAUAGGAGAUGGUGACACAAGGUGUUUAUAUAAUUUUGAUUUUAGUUUUUGUUGUCGUUUUGAAUUGUACUCACUUAAUAAACCAUUGUACAUUUUCUUUUUACCUUCCAUGA